UGAAAGUGGAGCAUCGAUGCACAUUAACACUUAGAACCCGAUUUGCUAUGCAAGUUGGAAAGUGAAGUGAUAUUGAGCGCGAUUUGUAGUUGUACAGCGUGUGUAAAAUGUGCAAUAAACAGUAAUAUCAAUCAAGAGUUUGCUGGCUUGGCAAAUCGAAGGAACAGUGCUAACAAACGCUUCAAAAAACAUGAGAAAACUAAUUUCAUUAGGGAGGUGUUCGUCAACGCCUAAAUGCAAUAGAGGAUAAGGCACGUGUAGCUGCUAGAAAAUAAAUCAAACCACAAAGCGCUUGCUCGUGCAGUGAUUCAAAUAAAUCAAAAACAGUGAAAACCAUAUAUUCAACAAACUUCACAUUUUCAAAUCUUAACAAAAACUUUAACCAUCAGUAGCAAAAUUUCCAAAAAAGCAUAACGAACUGCAUAACAGAAUCAACAACAGGAACAAAGCUUACAGCAAAAAAGUGCAUUCUACUUUUACCCAGAAACAACACGCAUAACAGUAACUUCCGGUAACUCAUACUUCAACCUCAAACAACACCAAAAUGGAGAUUAUGAAAAUAUCCAUCUACAAGCUGCUGCUGUUCGUUAUCCUCUCAACGGUGAUGCUGUGCUGUCACACGUCCGAGGCUGGACCGGCCCGCCAGCUGGCCAGCCUGGCCGCGAGAGCCUCCAAGAUCCCGCGCUCGAUACGGGCGCCCUUCCGCAACUCGGAAAUGAUGACGGCACGAGGCUUCGGCAAGCGCCGGGCCCCGAUUGGCGUAAGCUUCGGCAGUGGCCGACCAGCACACCACAGCCUGGGGGCGGGCGAUGCUGAGUCAGCACCAUGGACCGAGGAAAAGCACGACAUCAGCAAGCUGAUGGAGGAUCUGGCGAGCGUCGAUCAGAACGAUCCCCAGCAGCAACUGGUCGGAGGAGAUCAAGAGAACAGCUUCCCGCUGGAGUGGUUUGCGAACGAAAUGUCCACCAAUCCGACACUGGCCAAAUCGAUUCUGCAACGUUUCGUCGACACCAAUCGCGACGGGCUGCUAGAAACGGGCGAGCUGAUGCCGGGCGCGGGAGCGAACGGUAACGAGCUUGGGUCUGAGCUGUUCUAAGAAACUUGUCUCCUCUUCAAAAGCUCACCCAAAGCAAAGUCAUUAAGGGAUGGCGUCGUCUGCUAGUGGCUUGAACGUGUUUAGACUGGAGUCUGGAGGGCAUGGACAAAAGGGCACAGCUGCAAGACUCUUCCCCUGGACGCUACACAGUUAUCUACAUCUCUACGCCAAUCAACCAUCGAUUUCUGCACAAGCAACCCCUUUCUUUCAAAUCCAAAUGAGGCUGGUAUUAUCCGUAUUUCCCCCGAUCUACAACUAUAUAAACUAUCAUUUGAUUUAUUGUAAACAAAAAGACUCCAAGAGCAUAUAAACUAUACACAAAAUCUU